AGUUGCAGAACAACUGGGCAACAAUGGCUUUAUGUAGAAGAGUCUUGAGAAAACAUUUGGGUAUAAAUCAUGUUCUCAAAUCAGCUAUAGUUUGCCACGAGCGAUACUUAUCAGAAUACGUGUCUGCUAAAUCUCAGGACUCGGUCGAGACAAGUGAUCAUGUCCUCUACACACAGGAGCAUUUUGCACUGAAGGACUCCCUAAAAAAGAUCAUUGAUCGGGAGAUCAAUCCUCAUGUUGAUAAAUGGGAGAAAGAAGGCCAGUUCCCUGCUCACAGGAUCUUCAAGAUCCUAGGAAGUGCAGGAUUCUUGGGAGUCAGCAAGCCUGUGGAGUAUGGAGGUCUGGGACUGGACUUCAGCUAUAGCGUGGCUGUGGCUGAGGAGUUGGGCAACAUCAACUGUGGGGGCAUUCCCAUGGCCAUUGGAGUCCAGAGUGAUAUGGCUACGCCUGCACUGGCCAGGUUUGGAUCUGCAGCGCUAAAGAGAGAGUUUCUGCAGCCUUCCAUAACAGGAGAUAAAGUGGCAUGUCUAGGAGUGAGUGAAGUUGGAGCUGGCUCCGAUGUUGCAAGUAUCAAAACUAAGGCUGUGCGUAAAGGAGACGAGUUGGUCAUUAAUGGUGGAAAGAUGUGGACCACCAAUGGAGCACAAGCAGACUGGAUGUGCCUACUGGCCAACACCAGUGAUGGACCUCCACACAAGAACAAGUCCCUCAUAUGCUUACCCAUGAAUCUACAUGGAAUCCAUAUUGCACGUAAGAUUGACAAGAUAGGGAUGUGGUCGUCAGAUACAGCAGAAGUGUUCUUUGAUGAUGUUCAUGUGCCCUGUACAAACAUCAUUGGCCAAGAGGGCAUGGGCUUCACAUACCAGAUGCUGCAAUUCCAGGAAGAGCGCCUUUGGGGAGUAGCCAAUGUUCUGACAACUAUGGAGAAAGUGGUGCAAGAGACAAUUAAGUACACUCGCCAGAGGAAGAUCUUCCAGCAGCCAGUGCUGUACCACCAAGUUGUGCACUUCAGGUUAGCAGAGCUCCAGACUGAAAUUGAGCUACUGCGCUCCCUCCUCUACCACUGCACAGCUCUCUACAUCAAAGGCAACGAUGUAACAAAGCUGGCUUCCAUGGCGAAGCUUAAGGCAGGCCGCCUAGCCCGGGAAUUAAGCGACAGCUGCCUGCAGUACUGGGGAGGAAUGGGCUUCACCAGUGAUGUCCUGGUCAGCCAGUUCUAUAGGGAUUCCAGGGUGUUGUCGAUUGCGGGAGGAGCGGAUGAGGUCAUGCUGUCAAUCAUUUGCAAGUACAUGGACACCUUACCCAGGAAGUAAUACCAAUAAUGCGUAAAUGUAACAUGAUAAAAUGCAUUGUGCACUUAAUGUAGCAUGGAAAUCUAAUUCAAGCCUUUUAAUGAAGGCUGUACUGCAUCUUCCCCUUACAUGUUUUUAAUUUUUUAAUGAAAGCUGCUCACUUUAACAAGACUAUAUACAAGUUAAUUGUAAUAUUUGCAGUUGUCACAAGUAAACCCUGUAUUACUUGUA